CACACACACACCAGGCAGGCAGUGAGGCUCCGCCCCCUUGCUGCAGUCUCCAGGUCUCUCUCCAGUUUUCCUCCUCAGUGUUUCAGAUGGGCUGCCGCUGCUGUUGAUGGUUAUCCAGACCGGUUCUGGUCCCAGGUGGGGUUUUCUGCGUGUUGAAGUUCUGAGAGAACAUGAGGAGGAGAGGAGGAGAACACAGGAGUGUGGCCUGUGGAGGAGGAGGACCGGUUCAGAGCUGCUGAGAAGGAUGUCUGAAACGAUGUCAUCUCUGCCCCCCCCCAGCAGCUCUGCACCCCCGACUCCUCUCAACAUCUCCCAGUACCCCCCUCUCACAAACUGGGAGCCACCCACUUUCACCCGUGCGGCUCAGUUCCGAGUCGGCGCCACUUUCCUCCUCUUCCUGUUCGCCGCCUGCAGUAACCUGGCACUGCUGACCAGCGUUUGGUGCGGCCGGGGCAGGCGGCUGUCUUCUCACCUGCGCCCGCUGAUGCUGAGCCUGGCGUCGGCCGACCUGAUGAUGACAUUCGUGGUGAUGCCUCUGGACGCGGUGUGGAACAUCACGGUGCAGUGGUACGGAGGCGACAUUCUCUGCAAGGUGCUCUGCUUCCUGAAGCUAUUCGCCAUGCAUGCCUCCGCCUUCAUCCUGGUCGUCAUCAGCCUCGACCGCCACCACGCCAUCCUGCACCCCUUGGACGCUCUGAGCGCGCACCACAGGAACCGAUGCAUGCUCCUCUUUGCCUGGAUUCUAAGCCUGCUGCUUGCAUCACCACAGCUUUUCCUCUUCAGAAGCAUCAGGAUGGACUCAGCAAACUUCACUCAGUGUGUUUCUCACGGCAGCUUCAGCCACCGCUGGCAGGAAACGGUUUACAACAUGUUUCACUUCAUCACGCUGUAUGUAAUCCCUCUGCUGAUGAUGAGCUGCUGCUACUGCCGCAUCCUGCUGCACAUCAACCAGCAACACCUGCAGGACAAAGUUUACAGUGCGUCCGGCGUCCCUCUCCUCCGGUCCGCAGGUGAGUCACACCUGCGUCGCAGCGGCACCGACAUCAUCCCGAAGGCCCGGAUGAAGACUCUAAAGAUGACGGUGGUCAUUGUGCUGUCCUUUGUUGUGUGCUGGACUCCUUACUACCUGCUGGGUAUCUGGUACUGGUUCCAGCCCGACAUGCUGCGAGUAACGCCGGAGUACGUUCACCACGCCCUGUUCGUGUUCGGGAACCUGAACACCUGUUGCGAUCCAGUCAUCUAUGGCUUCUACACGCCAUCUUUCCGAGCCGACCUGGCUGCCUUCUGUCGGCGGACGAAGAGCGAUGCCUCGCCGCAGUCUAUGGACCGACUAUCUGCCAGGCAGAGUCCUCACAGCGGCGAGGAGGAUGAGCAGCUCGGCCGCGCCCAAAAGGCACCGUCAGACGGAUCAAUGAAGGCGCAGAAGGGCACUGAAUAACUUUUUCUUCAUUUUUCUGCUUUCAUGGUUUUUAUUUCUUUGUGUUUGGAAGUUUUGACUCAAUAAAAAACAUCUAUCUGA